UUCUCUCAAGCACAAAGUCCUGUAACUCAAAUGAAGUCACCUACCGCUAAUCUCGCGAUACCUCUUCUCUUCUUUUCUCUUCUCUUCUCAUUUUCAUGGCUAACUUUGGCUGAAACACACCAUUACGACAACUUCCUCCAAUGCCUUACCCUACAUUCUGGCAAUGCCUCUUCCUUCUCCAAACUCAUUUAUGCUCAAAACAAUUCUUCAUAUUCAUCUGUCUUGGAUUUUUCUAUUCGGAAUGCUAGGUUUUCUACACCAACUACCCCCGAACCUUUAGUCAUAGUUACGCCCACCCACGUCUCCCAUAUCCAAACAACCAUUAAAUGCUCAAGAAUUCAUGACAUGCAGAUUAGAAUACGGAGCGGUGGUCAUGACUACGAGGGUCUUUCCUACGUAUCUCAAGUUCCAUUUGUAAUCAUUGAUUUGAUUAAUUUACGAUCAAUCGAUGUUGAUGCAGAAAAUAAAACCGCAUGGAUUCAAGCCGGUGCCACUAUAGGUGAAUUAUAUUACAGAAUUGCAGAGAAAAGCUCAACUCUUGCCUUCCCAGCUGGUGUUUGCCCCACUGUGGGUGUUGGCGGUCACUUUGGCGGGGGAGGUUAUGGCAUGAUGAUGCGCAAGUUUGGCCUUGCAGCUGAUCAAAUAAUUGAUGCACACUUGGUUGAUGUUGAUGGCAGACUUCUUGAUAGAAACUCUAUGGGGGCAGAUCUGUUUUGGGCCAUUCGAGGAGGUGGGGCAGCCAGUUUCGGGGUCAUUGUGUCGUGGAAAGUAAAGUUAGUUUCUGUUCCAUCAACUGUGACUGUAUUUACAGUGAACAGAACAUUGGAAGAGAAUGGAACAAUGCUUGUUCACAAGUGGCAAUCAGUAGCACCAAAGAUUCACGAAGAUUUGUACCUCAGACUCUUUUUAAAAGCUGUGAAUUCAAGCCAACAAGAAGGAAAAAGAACAACACAAGCUUCUUUCACUAGCUUGUUUCUUGGUAGAAUUGAUCAACUACUUGUAUUGAUGCAAGAAAGCUUUCCAGAGCUUGGAAUAGUCAAAGAAGACUGUACUGAAAUGAGCUGGAUCCAAAGUAUCCUCUACUUUGCAGAUAUCCCACAAAGUGAAUCGUUAGAUAUUUUGCUUAACAGGACAGGUACAGCGGUGUUCUUCAAAGGGAAAUCGGACUAUGUUAAGGAAUCUAUUCCUGAAACUGCAUUAGAAGGUCUGUGGCAAAGGUUUUACGAGGAGGAACCUGAGGCGGUGCAGCUUAUCUUUAGUCCUUACGGAGGCAUAAUGGAUGAGAUUCCGGAGUCUGAGACUCCUUACCCUCAUAGGGCAGGGAAUUUGUUCAACAUCCAUUAUGUAGUGGUAUGGGAAGAAGAAGAUGCUUCUGCAUCUCAGAAGCAUAUAAGUUAUAUGAGAAGGCUUUACAGGUACAUGGAACCCUACGUUUCAAAAUCUCCCAGAUCAGCUUACAUGAACUACAGGGAUCUUGACCUCGGAAGCAAUAACAAAGGCAGAUACACGAGCUAUAGACAAGCAAGCAAAUGGGGUCUUAAAUAUUUCAACAACAACUUCAACCGAUUGAUUCAUGUGAAGAGAAUGGUUGAUCCGCAAAAUUUCUUUAGACAUGAACAGAGUAUCCCUUCUCUUUUACUGGGCUGAGGAAGGAGAGAUGAUGAUUUAUUCUCAAUAAUUAAAUAGGAUUUUAUAGACUAGCUAAGCAAAAAUAAAAGGCAUGUUGAAGAUCAAGGAUAUUGACCAUGUGCAAUCUCCUAAAUAAUUAUAUAUAUCCAUUUUACAACAAAGAAAAUAUCCUGUGUCUUGCGGACUUGGCCUGCAUAUACAAAAUACACAAGAAAGUAGCUGCUGCUCUUCCACCCCUAAUCUCCAUCUUUUCUUCUCAAUAUUUGAAUCUGCUACUUUCAUGAUCAAAUUUCUAAGUUCUAUUCAUUGGAGUGUCCGUUUGGGAACAUCCAUUAUAUGUAUUUUUAAUAAAAAUUUGUUGUAUAUCUUUUUUUUUUGUGUUAUUUAAAUAAUUUGUUGUAUAGUUUUUGGCUUUCUCAAAUAAAUUACAUUGACUAUUUUUUGUGCGUGGAAUAUGACUCGAGAUCAACG